CAAAUGGAAAAUUUAGAAAUUUAUAACUUAGUUCUAAUUCUGAAUGGCUGCCAGUAACCACAGGAAACUAAAAACGAUUAAAUUUUAUUUUAUCAAGCUCUCUCUUCCUCCCUCCCUCCCUCUCUCUCUCGCUCUCUCUCUCUUUCUCUCUCUUUCUCUCUCUCUCUCCCUCUCCCUUUUUCUACGCAGUUCGCAAUUCCCCCUAGACGAGUAACUAUAAAGAAUCUGCGAGACGCUUCUGCCUAUAAACUGAAUAAGCUGAACGCAAGAAGUGUAAUUUAGCAUAAUAUUUCCUAUUCUAAUAAGAACAGUUCACCGUUUGCGAAUAACAAUGAAGCGCUAACAAAGUCGCAUCCGCUCGCAAGUUGAAGAAGCCGAAAGCCGGAAGCGUAGCCUAGCAUAGAAUUUUCUACUAAUUUUUAGUAGAAAACUUCCCAGACAGCAGACUCCUCCUAAUGUAUUCAUAAAGAGCUCAUAUAAUUGAUCACUUAAUGAUUUGCAUUAAAUGAAUUCAAAAUGUUAUCUAAAAAUAUUACUUUUCUAAGCUCUUGAACACUAAAUCAUAAACAGCUUUUUAUGAGUUCCCAUUAUAUGAUCCUGUAUAAUUCAUAAAGUGAUCAGAAAAAUAUCAUUUUGAUAUCAGAAAUUUUCAUGAUUUUUAUAAUAUAUUGAUGAUCAAAUGGAUAUAUGCAUAAUCCGCACAGUAUAUCAUCAAUAUAUGAAAAAUAUUUAUUAAUUUUAAUAAAAAUUGAAAAUAUAAGUUGUGUGUUCUACAAAAAAUUUUAGAGGAACUACAUUAAAGUCUGUUCGUUUUAAUUAAACUGGCUACACUUAAGUGUAGCUAAAACAAUCAGACUUCUAUUCUACAGUGGUCCCAAGACGCAGCCUACAAAGAUUAAAAAAAAUUUCGAAUAUAUUUUACAACUUUUCUAUAAAGUUAUACAAGUGGUACAAGUGACACAACAAUUAAGUUAAUUGAGAAAAAAAUUUUUACAACUACGAUUAAGAUACACAUCGGUGAAGAAAAUAAAUCGUAAGUUUUGAGACUUGCAAAUAAACAUGAAAAAACGAUUUAAUGAAUUAUCACGUAGCCAAAAAAAUCGAAGGUUAAGGGUUUUAAAGGAAAGUUUUGAUAGAUCAAAUAGUGUUGGCAAUAUUUUAAAUAUUUCUAACAAUAGUAGAUUUGCCGAAUCUGAACUAACCAAUUUUGGAUCAUUCGAAUCUGAACUAAUCGAACUGAGAUCAAGUGUAUUGCCAUUAGCAGUAUCAGAAUGUGAAUUCAAUAUUCAACAAAAUAAAUGUGACAUAAAAUUACAAGAAAAAUUAGCAAAUUGGGCUAUCCGUUAUGACAUUUCUCAAGAAGCAAUCAAAAAUUUCCUAUUUAUUUUAAAAGAAGAAGGACUAAAUGAUUUACCCCUUGAUUUACCCCUGAACAUUAUUGUCCACACCAGUGCAAACUAAUAUAGUACCAUUACAUCCAUGGGGUUCUUAUUUCCAUUAUGGAUUAGAAAACGCUUUGAAAGAUCAACUUCGAAUAUUGGAAACACCGUUCAGUGGUACAAGUAUCUCCUUCAAUAUUAAUAUUGAUGGAUUACCACUGACAAAAAGUUCUAAGAGUCAAUUCUGGCCCAUAUUAGGAGAAAUUGUUUCUAAAAUCGGUGAACCAUUCGUUAUAGGAGCAUAUCAUGGAUACAAAAAACCUCCCUCCACUGAAUUUUUAGAAGUAUUUAUAAAUGAAUAUAAAGAAUUAAAAAAGCAUGGAUUUAUGUACAUAAAUCGUAAAUAUUCAGUUUCAAUCAAUGCCAUAAUAUGCGAUAGCCCAGCAAGGUCAUUUGUUACUGCUACGAAAGGCCAUAAUGGCUAUAGUGGAUGCAGUAAGUGUAUUGAUGAAGGCGAAUAUCGCAAUUAUAAAAUGCUAUUCUUAAAAUUAGAUGCACUAUUGCGAACAGAUGAAUCAUUUAAACAGCGUUUGGAUGAAAAUCAUCAUACUGGGUUUUCUCCUUUUCUAAGAACAGAAGUAGCAAUGGUUACCCAGUUUCCUUUAGAUUAUAUGCAUCUUACCUGUUUAGGUGUGAUGAAAAAAAUGAUAAAUUUAUGGAUGUAUGGACAUUACAAUGUAAGGUUGAGUGCUGCAAAAAUAAACGAGUUAUCGCGUGACUUAAUUGCAUUAAGAGAAUGGAUUCCAGCAGAAUUUCAGAGAAAACCCAGAGGUGUAGACGAGGUGGAGAGAUGGAAAGCGACAGAAUUUCGCUUAUUUUUAUUGUACUUAGGAAUAACGUUAGUUGAUAAAUAUUUACCACAAUCAUAUGCGGUUCAUUUUUCUGCUUUGAAUUGUGCACUUCGUAUUUUAAGCCAUCCUGAAGAUUGUAUUCGCAAUAAUGUAUUUGCUAAGGAAUUAUUGAUUUACUUCGUAAAUGGAUGCAAAGAUUUAUAUGGGGAAGAAACUGUAAUUUUUAAUAUUCAUAACUUAAUAUAUCUUCCUUCUGAUGUACUUCAAUUUGGAUCUAUUGAUUCGUUUAGCGCAUUUUCUUUCGAAAAUUUUUUGCAAAAAGUAAAAAAGCAGAUAAGAAAAGGUGAUAAACCAUUAGCUCAACUCCAUCGAAGAAUUGUGGAGGAAAAUUCUAGUAAAUUAUCAAUAAUGAACACCACAUUGAUAAAAAGGCCUAGUUUAUUACGAAAAAAUAAUAAACAAUUAAUAAUGGGAUGUUCUUCUUCUUACGAUAAAUUAAUACUUCAAAAUUUUAUAAUAUCAAUUUUAAAAAAGGCUGAUUCAUAUUGUUAUCUUAAAAAUAAUAACGUAAUGUGGGUUAAUUUUAUAGGAGAAAAAAAUAAUGAACCAAUUCUAAUUGGUAAAAUAUUACUUAAUCCAACAACUUUCCGAAUUAUCCUUGCCAGUCCAGUAAUAUACAAAUUGUAAUAGGCAACGAAUGGUUUAAUCCACAAUCAGUCAAACUAGAAAACAUUGUAGGAAAAGCAAUGGGUCUUCCAUUUCAUGGAUCCAUGUGCUUUAUCUUGCUACUUCAUUCAAUGUAAUGUUUCUUAUGUAUCGUGUUGUCUUAGUCGACGAUUGGACAUCAGUUGUACCUAAUAGUUGGAUAGAGGCUGAUAACAUGUGUCGAUGGCCACCAAAACAUAUUAAAACGGCAACUGCUAUUAUGAAACGUAUUCAACCUAGUGAUGAUUGGUUGGCCUUACGUUUCAAACAAGCACUUGGACCAUUUGCAGACACUAAUUUUUUCACUAAUAAUGGAUUGACGAAUACUGCCUGUUCGUCGAGCUGUGCAAUCAAUCAGGAGACUGAACUUUUUAAUAGAACAAAGGACAAUUUUAAUAUUCCCAGUGGAAAUCAUGACAAUAGAAAAAACAAAGAGAGGUACCUACAAGAUAUAACAAAUAAUUUUAGAGAAAUUACUGAGGUUCAAAGGAAGAAUGUCAUGAAUAAUGAUUCAACAAAUGAAGAAAGGGCAGAGGUUGCACAAAUUCCCAAAGAAUGUGGUUGCCGAGGAUGUCACGAAAAAAUAAAAAAAAUAUAUAAAAUCAUAUGCGAAAUAUAUGCCCAAAAUAUGAAUAAUGAUGCAGGAUAUCAAGGCAGAAAAAUUACUGAAAACGACGAUACCUCAUUGCUGCCACCAAUGCCACUGCAAACCAUAAAAGAUUUUAAUGAAUUGGAGGCGUUGCUGAGCGAAGAGCCGCAAGCUCGACGUCAACUGCGCAUAAAAUUUCUUCGAAUUGGAGGGAAUACGCCAGCGAAACAUACGCGAAACAUUUUAUAUGGUUCACUUAACAAUCAACUGGCCUAUCAAUUAUCUUGGUCGGGACAGAAAAACACAAAAGGGAUAAGCAAAACCAAAUUUGCUGAUACAAUUAUAGAUAGCGUAAUUCAGUUGAUUCCAACAGCAACCAUAAAUGAGGUUCAAACUGUGAUUAAAUUCUGGCUCCAGCAUGCGGGUGAUCGCAUUAAAUAUAAAGGAAAAACAAGAAAUUAAUGUUAACGUUAACAAUUGUCAUUAUUUUUACUUUUAUAUUUUUGUUUCUUUAAGUUUUUAUUUACGUUCUAUAGUAUAUUAUAUAUU